CAAAAGAUUCCACUCAGAAGCGUACACAAAUUAUACUCUGUACAGUAUUAUGUCUAUGCAUUAGCCACUUAUUUAUCUGUGACCAAUUACACUUUGUGUGAUCCAUGGCUUCCCACAUUGCUCUUCUUCGAGCCCCUCCUCUUUCAAUUUCCACUCAACGCUUCCAUGCAAAGCAAAUUUGCAUAAAUGGGCUCAAAGUCGCCACUGCCACCACCACUUCUUCUUCUUCUUCUUGUUUUCCAUGCUCCAUAACAACCCAGAGAGGGUCUUUUUCCUCAGUGAUUGCUUGUUCCUCUUCAAAUGGAAGAGACCCGGGUUCGGUGGAUGAUGAAGAGGUACAAAAGGAGCUCAUUCUCGAAGAGAAACGGCGAGCUGCAUUGUCUGCGAGGAUUGCCUCAGGGGAAUUCACCGUGAGGCAGAAAUCUGUUUUACUUUCUUUAAUGGAGGGAUUGGCAAAGGUGGGGGUGCCCAAAGAAGUUCUGGAGUUUUUGUUUGGUUGGGUUGAAGGGGGUGGUGUGUACGCCAAAAUUCCUGAGGCAAAAGGGUCAAUCAAAGCUGUUCGAAGUGUGGCCUUCUUCAUUCCCUUGUAUGAACUUUACCUUACAUAUGGUGGGAUUUUUAGGUUGACGUUUGGACCAAAGUCCUUUCUGAUAGUAUCUGAUCCGACUAUUGCAAAACACAUAUUGAAAGACAAUUCAAAGGCUUAUUCAAAGGGUAUCUUGGCUGAGAUCCUAGAUUUUGUAAUGGGGAAAGGUCUCAUCCCAGCUGAUGGUGAAAUAUGGCGAGUUAGACGCCGUGCUGUAGUCCCGGCGUUGCACCAGAAGUAUGUAGCAGCUAUGAUUGGCCUUUUUGGACAAGCCGCAGAUAGGCUCUGCCAGAAGCUAGAUGCUGCUGCAUCCGAUGGAGAAGAUGCAGAGAUGGAAUCACUUUUCUCUCGAUUGACCUUGGACAUCAUAGGAAAGGCAGUAUUCAAUUAUGAUUUUGAUAGUUUAUCGAAUGACACCGGUAUAGUUGAGGCUGUUUAUACUGUGCUGAGAGAAGCAGAAGAUCGAAGUGUUUCUCCAAUUCCGGUAUGGGAUAUCCCAAUAUGGAAAGAUAUAUCACCACGUUUCAGGAAGGUUAAUGCAGCUCUCAAAUUGAUCAAUGAUACGCUUGAUGAUCUUAUAGCAAUAUGCAAGAGAAUAGUGGAUGAAGAAGAGUUACAGUUUCAUGAAGAGUACAUGAAUGAAAAAGAUCCAAGUAUUCUACACUUCUUGUUAGCAUCAGGAGAUGAUGUAUCAAGUAAGCAACUUCGUGAUGACUUAAUGACCAUGCUCAUUGCUGGACAUGAAACAUCAGCUGCUGUUUUAACUUGGACCUUUUAUCUACUAUCCAAGGAGCCUAGAGUCAUGUCCAAGCUCCAAGAAGAGGUUGAUUCUGUACUUGGAGAUAGGUAUCCAACUAUUGAAGACAUGAAGAAACUCAAAUACACAACCCGAGUGAUCAAUGAGUCAUUGAGGCUUUACCCACAACCACCUGUGUUGAUUCGUCGCUCUAUUGAGAAUGAUGUUCUUGGAGAGUACCCUAUUAAGAGAGGUGAAGACAUAUUCAUAUCUGUCUGGAACCUGCAUCGCAGUCCAAAACUGUGGGAUGAUGCUGACAAGUUUGAGCCUGAAAGAUGGCCAUUAGAUGGACCAAACCCUAACGAGACUAACCAAAGCUUCAAAUAUCUUCCGUUUGGAGGAGGACCACGGAAAUGUAUAGGUGAUUUGUUUGCUACAUACGAGACUGUAGUAGCUCUUGCAAUGCUUGUUAGACGGUUCAACUUUCAAAUGGCAGUUGGAGCUCCACCUGUUGAUAUGACUACUGGAGCAACAAUUCAUACGACACAAGGCCUGAAGAUGACUGUAACACACAGAAUAAAAGCUCCUAUUGUACCCUCAUUACAGAUGUCAACUUUGGAAGUGGAUCCAUCCGUAAGCCUUUCUGAUCAGGAUGAAAUAACUCAGAAAGGACAAGUUUAUCAGCCUCAGGCUCAGCCUCAGCCCUAGCUGCUGUGUAAACAAAUCAUAAACCAUGUUAACACAAUAUAAAAAAUGAGUGGAAAGGGGAAAAAUUUGGGUAGAAUUCUUUUCAUUCUUUUAGCUUUGAGUGAAUUAUGUAGUAAGGUGAACCUUUAUGUCCUCAAAAAAUCAACAAUCCCCCACCCUCGCUCCUUUCGGAAGGAAGAGAGCAAAACAACAAAUAUUUCGUGCCUUUAAAAUUCUUAUUUCAAAAGGUGUAUUCUCAGAUUAUAAAUUUGUAAAUACAUUAAAUUUAGACGUUGAGAGACUGCACAAGUAAACUUGGUGCUAUGUCCACCAAGCACAUGUAGAACAAAAUUGGAAAGUGCAGUAGAAAAUGGUUGACACUUUUUGAAUGCUUUGCUAUUGA